AUGAGGCUGCUGCUACCUUCUCCAGGUGCCCCUCCCAGCCAGGUGUCAGCAGAGAAGGAGGAGGAGGAGAGAGAAAUAAGGAGGAGGACAGGGCUUCAGGCCUGGGUGCCACCUGGCGCCUGGAAGAUACCUGUGCCCUGGUUCCUGCUGUCCUUGGCACUGGGCCGCAGCCCUGGGGUCCUCUCUCUGGAGAGGCUUGAGGGGCCUCAGGACACUGCCCGCUGCUCUCCGGGCCUCUCCUGCCACCUCUGGGGUGACGAUGUGUUCUGCCUGCCGGGGAGCAUCGUGCCCGCUCCAGGCCCCGUGCUGGUGCCUAUGCACCUUCAGACAGAGCUGGUCCUGAGAUGCCAUCAGGAGAACGAUUGUGACCUCUGUGUGCGUGUGGCUGUCCGCUUGGCUGUGCAUGGGCACGGGAAAGAGCCUGAAGAUGAAGAAACGAUUGGGGGAGCAGCUGACUCAGAGCCUGGGGAGCCCAGGAAUGCUUCUCUCCAGGCCCAAGUCGUGCUCUCCUUCCAGGCCUACCCUAAGGCCCGCUGUGUCCUACUGGAGGUGCAAGUGCCUGCUGCCCUCGUACAGCCUAGUCAGCCUGUGGGUUCUAUAGUAUUUGACUGCUUCGAGGCUGCCCUCGGGGGUGAGGUGCGAAUCUGGUCCUACACUCAGCCAAGGUACCAGAAGGGGCUCAACGUCACACAGCAGCUGCCUGACUGCAGGGGGCUCGAAGUCCGGGACAGCAUCCAGAGCUGCUGGGACGGUGAUGAUGUGCACCUCGUGCUGGAUGUCUCUGAAGAGCAGCGCUUUGGCCUCUCCAUGUACUGGAACCAGGACUCCGACACCCAGAAACCCUGGUGGCACAGAAACCUGACUGGGCCGCAGACUAUUACCUUGAACCACACAGAUUUGGUACCCUGCCUCUGUAUUCUGGUGUGGCCCCUGGAGACCGACUCCGUCAGGACGAGCAUCUGCCCCUUCAAGGAGGACCCGCGCGCGCACCAGAACCUGUGGCGCGCCGCCCGGCUGCGGCUGCUUCCCCCGCAGGGUUGGCGGCUGGACGCGCCUUGUCCGCUGCCCGCCGAGGCGGCGCUGUGCUGGCAGGCGCCGGGCGGGGGCCCCUGCCAGCCGCUGGUCCCGCCACUGGCCUCGGAGAACGUCACUGUGAACAGGGCCCACGAGUUCCCUUUGCUGAAGGGCCACCCCAACCUCUGUGUCCAGGUCAGCAGCUGGGAAAAGUUGGAGUUGCAAGAGUGUUUGUGGGCUGACUCUCUGGGGCCCCUCAGAGAUGACAUGGUGCUGGUGGAGACACGAGGCCCCCAGGACAACAGAUCACUGUGUGCCUUGGAACUGAGUGGCUGCACCCCACUGCCCAGCAAGGCUUCCACGAGGGCAGCUCGCCUUGGAGAGCAGCUACUGCAGGAUCUGCAGUCAGGCCAGUGUGUGCAGCUGUGGGAUGAUGGCCAGGGAGCACUGUGGGCCUGCCCCAUGGAAAAAUAUACCCACCAGCGCUGGGCCCUGGUGUGGCUGGCCUGCCUCCUCUGUGCCGCUGCGCUUCUCCUCUUUUUCCUUUUCAACAAGGACAACGUGAAAGGGUGGUUGCGGCUCUUGAAGGAGGACGUCCGCUCGGGGGCGGCUGCCAGGGCCCGCCGGGUUCUGCUCCUCUACUCUGCUGACGACGCUGGCUUCGAGUGCCUGGUGGGCGCCUUGGCGUCGGCGCUAUGCCAGCUGCCGCUGCGCGUGGCCGUGGACUUGUGGAGCCGUCGUGAACUGAGCGCGCAGGGGCCCCUGGCCUGGUUCCACGCACAGCGGCGCCAAACCUUGCAGGAGGGUGGCGUGGUGGUCCUGCUCUUCUCGCCCGGGGCAGUGGCACUAUGCCGCGAGUGGCUGCAGGACUGGGGCUCCGGGCCCCGGGCGCACGCCCCGCACGACGCCUUCGCCGCGUCGCUCAACUGCGUGCUGCCCGACUUCUUGCAGGGCCGGGCGCCGGGCCGCUACGUCGGGGCCUGCUUUGACAGGCUGCUCCAGCUGGACGCUGUGCCCGCCCUCUUCCGCACGGUGCCCGUUUUCUCGCUGCCCUCGCAGCUGCCCGACUUCUUAGGAGCUCUGGAGGGGCCCCGCGCAUCCCGCACGGGGCGGCUCGGGGAGAGGGCAGAGCACGUGUCCCGGGCUCUUCAGCCCGCCCUGGACAGCUGCUUCCGGCCGGGAUGCGGGAUGGGACCUGGGGCGGGGGACGGGACUUGAAUAAAGGCAGAAACUAUUUUUCUA